AGCGUGGUGCGCUUUACUCUCUUCCAUUUCCUAUUCUUUUCUAUUUGUUUGAGCCUCAUCAGCUCACCAGUUGUCUCGCUUUUUGUUUUUUCUCAUAGAUGGACUCCCUCUCCUCUCUAUUCGUAUUAAAGUAUGUAUGGAGGUUGUUUAUAUGCAAUUGUAUGAGUUGGAGGAAGGUAUGAAGGAAACUGGCAAAACAAUAAUGCGGUUUACACAAAAAAGACGACGAAGAAAUAAAAUGCAAAACUAGCUAUUCGCCUACCCACAAAAUGUUCAGUGUCUACGAUGCGAGCCUGCGGCAGGUAUUCGCUGCCACGCACGUGUGUGGGCGGCAACGCAUGCGCAUCACGUACGCCGCCUCUCUUUUAUUAAUGUAUUUUUUCCCUCUGUUUGAAACUUCUUUUUUUUUUGUAUUUUUCUUUUUCAUGAAGUGCAUAUACACAUAUAUAUGUAAGUCAUCUCGUUCACUUUCGUGUCUUUUUUUCCCCCUUCGUCACUUCUACUUGGUUUUCAGAGAUGCCAUCUCUUUUUCUUUUCCUUUUCGCUUCGUUCGUGGCAGGGGCCACGGGGACACCGCAUUACCCCGUUCUUCUCGCACCUAUGGCGCGUACGUCGGAAGGCGUCCGCUGUGUUAACAUCGAAUCGACUCGGCACACGAGAAAGAAGAGGAAAAGGGAGGGAGGGAAAACGUACACGAAUCCAUCAAUGGGACCAACGUCGUAAAUCACACACCUCGGUCUUCCACGCCAUUGUUGCCGCUGCCAUCAUUCGUGGAUUAAGAGAAGAAAAAAGUCACGACGAUGAAACAGUCGUAGUGGCUUUUCGAGCUGGUCUCUCUCUCUCUCUCCCUCUACCCCCUCCUUCCAAGAACACAGUGUGGUAGUGCGCACGGCACAGCAUGCUUCAUCGACACAAGAGCAUCAACCAGGGAACACGUCAAAACUCCAAUGCAAAAUAAUUCCCGAAAUUUUUUUUUCCGCCUUUUCCCCUUCCUUCUCUUCUCUUGUCUACGCUUGGAAACAACCCUUCGUUCUCGUCACUCAGCGGCUCGUACGGUUGCCUUUCUUUGUUUUUCCUAGCUGUCGAAGACAACGCCACAGACUAGAACAGGAGACACUGCAUAUGUUUAGAUAAACUCAGAAGCAGACCUUCACCUCUCACGAACGCUGCACGAGUUGUAUGACAACGUUGGAUAGGUUUCUCUUCUUUUGCUGUGCAAUAUCACCCUCUCACCUUUUUUUUGUUUCAAAAACGGUAGAAGCAUCGCUUCCUGUGUUAUUAUUAUUAUUCGGCUUUGUUGUUGUGCUUGCGUGACGGGUCGUGCUCCCAGUAAAAAGAAUCGUUCCUACGCGAUAUGCAUAACCUCCGCGCUUUACGGCUUCCUUUAGAUUAUUUUUUGCGCUUACAAACCCAACGGCGGCGGAGGCUUUCCUGUAUAUUUACAAAACGAAAGAAAACACGGCGAUCACGGCAAGAUGUUCAAGCUAUCGAGGCCCGCGCGUAGUAGUCGCUACACCCCCAUCGUGGGCUGCGCCUUCCUUAUCGAAGCGCUCUACGGCUCCAAGUACAGCGCCAACCUGGGAGCGUACAACAUGCCGUACGUCUACGUUAAAACAAUCCUGCUGUGCGCGACCGGGCAUGGCCUGGAGGUGCGCGAAGGCCGCUACCUCCACGGACUCAUUGAGCUGCUCCUCCCUUCCAAAGUGUCUCAGGAUAACCUCACCAAGCUUGAACUGCUGCAGUUCGUCGACGCCCUCCCGAUGAACCGGAUGCUAGAGGGACUCGCGGGGGAGUCGGAGGAGGAGGUGCAGACGACAAUGGCGCUGAUGUUGGGCAGCGGGACGGAGGACCUGCCACCACCUCUACCACUGCGUCACCAUCAGCAGUAUAAUCCGUCGUAUGACAACAACAGUCGUAGCAGUCGUCCUGGCAGCGAGGUCGGACAGGCGGAGGAGGCGGAGGGCGAGCGGCCCUGCGCGGCGGGACCGCCGUCCCCACCGGAGAGCACCGCCGCUGCGCUCCGAAGGCAUCAACGGGAGGCAGCGGAUGACGCCGCGGCCAUCGAGUCGAUCUUGUCGUUCGUGUCUCCGGCCACUUUUCCCUCCUCGAUGGCGCGUGUGCUGAUCUACGAUGCUGUGUGCACAUGCGUAGCGGACGGCCUUUACAGUGUGAAGGAGAAGGAGCGGGUGGCGCUGGUGUCGAGUCACAUUGGACUUUCUACCGCGGUUCGUGGUCAGAUUGAGAAGCUCGCGUUACAGGAAAAGGUGUUGUCGAUCCGCAAGCGGCGAUUGCUGCGGCUGCAACCGCCACCGCAGCCACCUCUGCUCUCUCAUGCGCCACAAGCAGAAGAAACGGAGGGGAAGCUCUCCAGACAGACUUCAAACGUGCCUUCCCAUUCCAACUCGCCGGGGACGGAGGGAGGGAGGGAGGACAGGGAACUCUCAAGUCGGGAACAUCGCUGGGGUACGCGGGAGCCCCAGAUGAUGGUGCGUGACACGGCAGCUGCAGAAGCCGUGGCAGCCGGCGGUAGCGCGGAGGACGUGGAGGAGGUGAAAAAGAUCGAGGCCGCGAAACGGUUGCUACGGCGCGCACGACGGCGUCAGCAGCGGCAUAACUUUCUUGUCGCUGAUGGAUAG